GUGACACAAUGCUUAAGGAUAAAAAUAUUGAUGCAUUUUUCAAUCAAGAAGUUUCCGACAAAGAUGGAAAUUACAAAGCUGCAACAUCGACACUUGAAAAGCACCUUUCCAGUGAUCCAAUAGUUCAACUAGACGAACAACCUUGUAUGAACCAUGAGAACAAUAUUAUUCCAAAAGUUGUAUCAAAAAUUGGCAUAAUAGGAGGUGGAAUAAGUGGAAUAGCAGCUGCAAAACAAUUAUCACACCACAAUCCUAUAAUUUUUGAAGCAACUGAUUCCAUUGGUGGAGUAUGGAAACAUUGCACAUACAAUUCAACAAAGCUUCAAUCUCAACGUGGAGAUUAUCAAUUCACUGAUUUUCCAUGGCCUGAUAGAGAUAAUCCUGAUUUUCCUACACACGUGGAAGUGUUGGAAUACAUUCAAUCAUAUGCUAAACACUUUGAUUUGAUGAAGAAUAUCAAGUUUAACUCUAAGGUAGUGGAACUCAAGUUCAUUGGAAAUCAGGAAUGUGAUUCUUCUAAGGUUGGAUUACCUAGUGAUGUUGAUGAUUAUGGAACCUUACUUCCUGGUCACCCUGUGUGGGAAGUUGCUGUUCAGACAAAUGACUCCAAUUCCAUUCAGUGGUACAGCUUCGAGUUUGUGGUGGUUUGCAUAGGGAAAUAUGGGGACGUACCAAAGAUGCCAAUGUUUCCACGCAAAAAAGGCCCUGAAAUAUUCAAUGGCAAGCUCCUUCAUUCACUUGAUUACUGUAAACUUGACCAACAAGCUACUAAUCAACUUCUCAAGAACAAAAAAGUAGUUGUGGUUGGUUACAAAAAAUCUGGUAUCGAUUUAGCCCUGGAGUGUGCAAUGGCGAACCAAGGACCUGAAGGACAGCCAUGCACCAUAUUGGUAAGGACUUUGCAUUGGACAAUUCCACAUUACUGGAUAUGGGGGUUGCCAUUUUUCUUGUUCUACUCAACAAGAUCUUCUCAGUUACUCCAUGAAAGACCAAACCAAGGCCUACUCAGAGCCCUUCUCUGCUUCAUGUUAUCUCCAAUGAGGCACGGCAUUUCAAAGUUCAUUGAGUCCUACCUUCUGUGGAAACUUCCUUUAGAGAAGUACGGACUGAAACCAGAACACCCUUUUUUGGAAGAUUACGCAUCAUGUCAAAUGGCUAUCAUGCCAGAAAAUUUCUUCUCUGAGGUGGAAAAAGGCAAAAUUUGCUUUAAAAAAACAUCAUCAAAGUGGUGGUUCUGGGAUGGAGGAAUUGAAUUCGAAGAUAAAACUAAGGUGGAAGCUGAUGUAGUGAUCUUUGCAACUGGUUUUGAGGGAAAGAAAAAGCUCAAAUCCAUUAUACCAGAGCCCUUUUGUAGCUUUUUGGAGUAUCCUUCUGGUAUAAUGCCUUUAUACAGGGGAACUAUCCAUCCAUUAAUUCCAAACAUGGCUUUUGUUGGAUACGUCGAAAGCGUUUCAAAUCUUCACUCUUCGGAGAUACGGUCGAUGUGGCUUUCUGGGCUUGUAGAUAACAAAUUCAAGCUUCCAAAAGUUGAGAGCAUGCUUUCACAAACUCUUGAGGAGAUGGAAGUAAUGAAAAGGACUACAAGGUUCUAUAAGAGGCACUGCAUUGCAACAUAUAGCAUCAACCAUACCGAUGAAAUAUGUAAAGAUCUUGGAUGGAGUGCAUGGAGGAAGAAGAACUUGAUAUCCGAAGCAUUUGGACCCUAUAGUAGUCAAGACUAUGAGAAAGAAGAUUGAAUACAUAGCCGAUAACCAUUCUAGUAGACACUGCAUAAAUAAUAGUAAAAUUGUUUGAAGAAAGAACUGCAUGUAUGUUUCUGAAAUGAGGUCAUGAAUCUUUCAACGGUUAUACCAAUGUUGCUCAAAUAAAUCACAGAAGUUGUUGAAACUUCUUAUUUCACAUAUCAAACUCAAACACUUAAAAAUAUAUAAUCAAUGUAUCAGUUGGUCACUUUUUCAGUUAAAGUUAACUCGCCAUAUGAAAAAGAUACUGAUGUGCCAAUGUUUGUACAAUUGAAGAUAAUAUUUUUAGGGAGAGACAUUAUAAAUGUUUGCUCUUUAUAGGAUAAGAAAAUAUUAUUUUUAUUACUUUCAUGUGACCAAGGUGUUCAAAAUCAGCUACUUAAUUACAAUGGUUACAAUUCAUAUAGUUACAUACUU